GGGUGCGGGGCGCCGCCAGCUGCCACUCAGACUUACGAAUAUGUUCGAUCGCAUCAAGCAAUGUAAACACAGAAUCAUGAUUCGGCAACACAAUUUUUUAUUUGUUUUUAAUUUGCGACAAGGGACCAUCCUCAUAGCGGUCCACCAAAUAGCGCUGGCGCUGUUCGUGCUGCUGGUGCUGGCGGCGGGCGCGGCGCACGCGGCGGGCGCGGCGGGCGCGCUGCAGGCCGACAUGGCGGACGCGGAGGAGCGGCGCGAGCUAGACCUGCUGCUGCGCGACCACGCGCCCGGCUCCUUCCCGCUGCCCAACAACCAGCGCCGCUUCCGGGACGCCGAGCAUAGAGCCACGGUGUCGCUGGCGGCGCUGCAGUGGGCGGGCGCGCUGGCGGCGCUGCAGCUGCUGGGCGGGCUGCUGCUGCUAUACGGCGGCGUGCGCGCGCGCGCCGGCCCGCUGCUGGCCUGGCUGCUGCUGGCGCUGCCCGCCGCGCCCGCGCUGCUGGCCGCGCUGUACGCCGGCAGCCAGUACCCCUGCCUGCUCUACCUGUUCGGCGGCCCGCUGUCCUACCACGUGGUGGGCGCGCUGUUGAUGGCGACACUGCUGUACGCGAUCUGCACAGUAGGCAGCUACGUGGUGCAGCUGCGGGCGGGCGCGGGCGGGGGGGCGCGGGGCGCGGGGGCGGGCGAGCGGCUCGUGCUGCUGGACCACGCGGCGCGCGCCUCGCUGGUGUCGGCCGCGCACCUCGCCAAGCUGUCGCACGCGCCCGCCACGCACUUCGUGUAGCCGCGCGCGCCUCGCUGCUACUAGUGCCUCACGUGCGGGCCCGGCGCCCCGCCCCCGCCCCCCCGCGCUGUCCGGGCCGGGGGCGGCCACAUGUUGCAUGCAUGGCUCAUCGCUGGUCCAGAUUAUUGCACAAAAAAAAUAAUUUUAACUUUAAAUGGAGCAAUGCUUUGCUGAACUUACCUACAGUUCACUUAAUUAUGUCCAGUUAUAAUUAGCAGCCUGAAUAGAUUGUAAUCAUUGGUGUUUUUGGUACCUAUAACUGUAUUUGUACACUUGGAAGUAAAACUAUUCACAAUAUUGAGAUCAGAGUAUGGUACCUAAUAAAAAAUGUGAUAUUUUCAAUUAUUAUUAUUAUAUGUUAAGUAAAGUUUAAGAUUCAUAAUCAUAAAACAGAGUUAUGUAUAUGUACAUACCUAUAAAAAUCUGAAAUGAAUGUAUUUAUUUAUUUGCAUACCUUUCAUUUUUAUUUCAAGUAUGAUUAGACUGCUGUUAAUCGAAAUAAAUUCUUAAAUAAAAUCAUUGGAAAGCGA